AUGAGAUCGUCGUUGGUUCUCGGCGUUUCUCGCCUAAUACUCCUCGUCCCAUUAUUAUCCAGCACAGCGUCAGCAGCGGAUAACCGAACGUGUUAUAUGGUCGACGAAAAGACAGUCGCCGUCGACGACGUUCCCUGCAGCACAAAGGAGACGACUCACUGCUGUAACAAAAAUGACAUCUGCAUGUCAAACGGUCUUUGUUGGGUCCAAAGCACCGGCGAUAUGGUUCUAUCACGAGGCAGUUGCACCGACAUAAACUGGGGUGGCGAUUGCGUGGCUGCAAGACCAUGUGCCCGCGCAAAUCCGACAUCCGGAUACCCCGUUGUCAACGCCGAUAUCGCCAACCACCAGUUUUGCUGCGGCUCUGUCGUAAGCUCCUCCUCGUCGGACGGAAUCAAGUGCUCGGGUGAUGGACCGUUCCCUGUCCCAACUGGCACCGUUAUCCCCGGUGUCGCCGCAUUGGCAUCCGUGGCCUCGACGUCUUCUCCUAGCUCUAGCGCCACUCAUCCCGCUGGUAAUAGUAACGACACCUCAUCAGGGAACGACACAUCAUCAGAGAAACCGGAGAAAUCCGACGACCAGUCAACGAAGCUUGCUAUCGGUUUGGGACUCGGUCUCCCAUUGGGUAUCAUUGCAGGCAGUGCGUUGAUGUGGGGUGCCUGGGAGAGAAAGAAGUCAGUCUCUGCAAGAAGAGAAAUGGAUCAGUUGAAGGCUACGAUGUCAUACCAGUAUGCUCCGGUACCACAAAUGCAGGCUGCGCCCCCAGUCGAGAUGGGUCAUAACGAGUACCGUGUUGCGGAGUUGCCACCUGGGGGCUACAACAAGUGA